CAUGAGUAAGUCCGGCUCGCUCAAAGUCAAGAACAUAUUUAAGAUAAAAUCCUCCGAUAAGGAGAACAAGGAGCUGAAGCGGACUGGAUCCUUCAGAGAUGGAGCCGCGACGGUCCCCGGGGACUUCUCCGCCACCCUCCCUUCCUCCGGCGGUCCUCUCAACCUGGGAGACAGCGCCACGCUGCCCGGGGAUCGUUUACUCACGUCCCCGAAAGAAAAGAAGGGAAAGCGGUUCCCUUCGCUGAAACUGAAGCGGUCGAAGAAGUCCAAAAAAGCCCAAGAUGAUGUGUUUUUCUCCGAGACUGGAGAGCUGGACAGCUUCGACAGCCAGAUGAGCUUCGACCAGAUGAGUGUGUCCACAGAGUGCAGUUUCCAGACUGAGCUGGACUGGGACGGUCAGUCGGACUACCACUCCAUGAUCGGCUUCGACAUGACUCAGCCCCACAGCCCCAUGUCUCCCUCCAAAGGCUACAAGAAUUCGGAGGGAAAGAAGGGGUUUGUACAUCGCCUCGCUCACUUCUUCAGCACCAGGAGAAGGAGGAGCAGCGGUCGACUCAGUUCAGAUGCCUCCACCGACGCCAGUGCUCCUGCGUCCCCGUUGUCUCCGGCCUCACCCAUGUCUGAGGAGGAGGCCGGGCUGAGGACUCCGACUAACUCCCGAAAAAACACUGACCUGACCUCGCUUCAUAACAGCGACACCCUCAGCCAGAGCUUCGGUUACUUUCGCUCGAGCAUGAACUCGGUGGUGCCAGUCGAUCUCGACAUCCCAUUCGCCGACAGCAGCAGCAGGAGGGGCAGCAUCAGGGAGGUGCACAGCUGCAGGAUAAGCACGGCCAGCGGCGAGAGGAACUCUGGCAGUGUGACUCCCACCGGGCUGGACCCUCCUUAUAACGUCCGUGAUUCCGGCUCAGAGUUGAGCUUCUCAGAAUCUGUGGUGGAGGAAGUCUCCAAGAGGUUGCACGUUAAUCUGGAGGAAGACAUCCUAAAGGAAGCAAAGCGUGAGGAAAAUAGAGUUAGCCCGUCUGCCAUGAAUUCACUACCCAUACAAGCAGCUGCCAAUGGCGCUGAGGCCCGCAAGUCUCCAAACCUAACCUCCAUCAGCUUAGGAACUCAAAAAUCCACAGCGAAAACGGGAAAGCAAGGACACAGCACUGUGCUCAAAGGUAUUACUCUGGGCUCUAACUCGUCUACCUCGCACGCCAUCUCAAUUCCACGGGCGGACAAGUCUUCAGUGAGGCCCAGAGAAAUCUCAAAAGCCAGAACUGAAGCUUGGGUGACGUCCAGCAGUCCGUCAGGGGAAACUCAAGUCUCUUCAUCGAGCCUCAAGCCCGAGCAAGAGCAGGAUCAGUUCGUGAAUUCUCCUGUCCAGCUCGUCAGAGCAGUAUGGGUGGAGACCUACCUGGGAGAGGACGAGGAGGCCGAGAGGGGGAGCAAGGGGGAGGGGGAGAGAGAAAAGCCUGUAGCGAAACAGGAGGAGGAGGAGGAGGGCUUGCGAGUAGGCUCACCUCCCGUACUGGCCAUACCUGUCACUGUAAUUCCUGUGGACGACUCGGCAGCUCAGGGCGCUGCUGAAAGCCGUUCCACCCCCUCGGAGGCUUCGCCAUCCCGUGGCAGCCGGCCAGAAUCAGCCGGCUCCUUGGCACCGACUACAGACAAGCUCCACACAACCUCCCAGCAGCCAGAGGAGCCCGGAGCUGGCUCCGACUCAAGGCGAAGUUCACGUCAGGAGAGACGCAGGUCGAGGGAGAGCCGUGUGACGCGAAAGACUGUGAAUCUGCCCUCCAAGACCAAGGUGUUUGCCCACAAGGUGCAGGUAGACCCGGAGUUGGGCUCGGACGGGGAGGAAGCGGGACGAGAGAAGCCCGAAACAGAUUCAACUUCAAAGGAGUCGGACACAACAGAGGCGAAACCGCUACCAAACCUCCAUAACAGAGAGGAUGCAGAAGCUGAAGAUGCAAAGUUUGAACCGUCCACAGCAACAGAGGAGGCUGCACACUCCGGUUCAAACACUCCUGAGCCCACAGUGACAGAAAAAACAGACUCUGACGUUUCUGACAUUGAUGAAACCUCUGCAGCUUCAGACAUGUACAAAAGUAAGUCGCGAACUGUGGAAUCUGGGGUAGGAGGCCUGGGAUCUACUCAGACGGCCCUCUCUAAACGGGUCGUUAAAGGAACAGCUGAGAGUCGGCACGCAGCUGCAAGUGGAACAAAGACGCCGACCUCUGCAGCUGGAGCCAAGUCCAGGAAUGUCACAACAAAAGCAAAGGUCUCCGCAGAGGGCGCAAAAGUGGAAAGCUCCAGUGUCAGUCCACCUCCACGGGACCACAGCAGUGAUAAAACGGUGUCGACGCUGCCAACGUUAAAAGAUCACUCACCCAGCGGUUCCUCAACCGCAACCAGCUCAAAGUCAAAAAUCCCCAAAAGGCCGUCAUCAGAUCCUGAUGUGAAACCCCCAGUGUCACCAGAUAAAACAUCAGCGCCUGAUACAGGGUCAGCCGUCACACCCAAACUGCAAAAACAACCCAAAACCAAAGAGUCUUUAAAAUCUCCAACCACGAUCACCAAGCCCAGCAGCAAGCCGAGCUUUGAGGAAGCCAAGGGAGUCAAAUCUUCACCGGGAAAUGUUUCUCCGUCAAAGCUCUCCACCAAGUCUGCAACAAAACUAACAAAUGAAAAGCCCGAUGAGGAAACUGCAAACCGGCUGAACAGGGUCGAGAAGAGCGCUGAGACCAAACGGGUAACCCAGGAGGAAAACAUCCGUGUGGGAAAACAGGAGCGGGAGCUGGAAGAUAAUGCUCCUUUGGCAUCAAAGAGUCGGCUGCCGCUUCCAUCACCAACGAGACGGACGAACGACGAUACAGCUCAAACGAGCGGCGCCGGCUCUAAAAAAGCUUCUUCCAGUCCGAAGGAUUCAGAGAGACUUCAGAAAGGGCAGAAGCGAGAAGACGUUUCCUCUGAGAAGGCAGGGAGUGAGACGCCGCAGCCGCAGCCACAGCGUGACACUCUCAAAAAAGGAAGGCUGACAGCUGCGAAGUCUAUCAAACAUCUAUUUAAAGGAAUCAUCAGCCAUGAGGACAGUGAAGUCAAAUCUCCCACCAUGCAAGAAAAAACAAAACUUUUUAGGUUUCCCAAACAGACUGAAAGUGCCAAGCAGAACCUCAAAUCCCCUGUAAAGGACUCGACUGAGACGCCAUUGGCUGUGAGCAAGCUUCCAAGAGGUCAGAGAAGUCCCACCAAAUUAAAAGCCAGAAAAUCUCAACAGUCCCCCACUGAGAAAGAAAAAGACAUGAAGGAAUCGGAGAAGAGCAAAACCAGUGAUACAAAUCAACUUUCCAAAACACAGCCAUCCCAAAGCAGAGCUGCGGUUAUUACAGGGGAAGUGGAAGUCACAGACUCAGGAUGUGUGGAACUGCCUGUCAGUGAGGUUGGCAGCUCGACCAAGUCACAAGUUACUGAUCCACAAAAUGCUUCGGCUGAUCAAGCACAGCAUGAAGCCAAAAAAACAAUAGCUAAAAUUAUACUGGGGAAUGUGCUUGCCAAUAAAAUAGGGCAGAAAACAGAGUUACCACCAAAAACCUCCCCUUCAUUAAAAGAAAAAGCUGAACCAAAGCCAACAAGUAACAUAAAACCAGAUUUAACGGAGCUUAAAGAGGCAGAUUCAACAGCGCUGGCUCAGGAUGUAACUGAUAUGUCAGCCAAACCUGUUGUGGGCGGCGACGUUCAGAGUGACAGAAUGGCCCAAUCUGAGCAGGACGGUGUUAAGGAAAUAAUUGCACUCAAUUCCAAAGAAGAGAUUACCUCAAGCACUCUUCCUGAUAAACUGGCCUCAAAAGACCCAGAUCCUGAGCCAGAAAAUGUACACAAAGACAUUGUCACUGCAGCCCCAGGUCAACCCAACGAUGCCAGCGCAGGGCAGCAGAAGGAGUUUUCCAAGGAUCUAACAACAAAUGAAAAGGACAGAGAGGAUUUAGUAAAGGAUCUUGAAGCAGAGGAGAAAAAUACAGAGGAGGUUGGCGGAGAGCCAGCAGAAGCUUUGGACAGUCAGACACAGACUUUGGCUGUUUCUGAAAUGCCCAAGAAUGUUGAAAACGGUGCAGACAAAGAGGCUCUUUUACUGGCAGGAAAAUCUGAAAGAGAGGGUAGCGACUCCAAACCAAAUGAAAAGAUGCUUAUAGAUGCAGCAGUGAACAGCACCGACUCACAGGACCGUUGCAAAGAGGAGCUCGAGGGCAUAAUACCCGAGAGAACAACAAAGGAAGGCAUUACGAAUUCAGAGGAACACGGACACGCACCAGAGGAGGAACGUUUGCUUCCUGAAUCGAAAAAGGAACCACAAAAUGAAACUACAGCCAAUGUGACAGGAAAUGCAGCGAGCUGUAGCGAGAAGUCGGAAGGAGAAGAGCAGAAUAUCAAGACAUCAGCGGCGGGAGAUGAAUCCAAACUACUUCAAACCGAAGACGAGCCGCUGAGAGACGAAGGUAAACCAGAGGAGACUGAAUCAAACAAGACUUCUGAAUCUGAUGCCCCAGACAAGGAGAACAGGAGUUCUCCCACUGCUGUGAAAAGGGGUGAGGAAACUGAAACAGAAAAAACUUUAGUGGAGUCUAAAACACCGGCUGGGACAUGUGAUCCACAGGAAGACUCAGAGAAGAUGUCAGAAAGCCUCAUUUUACCUGAGGAUACACCUCAAGAAGUAGCAGCCGCUGUUACUCUACCUCACAGUGCUGAGAGCUUUAAAGAAGACAUGGAAGCAAAAGAUUCAGUGGAAGCAUCGGUGAGUGAAAAUGCUGUUGCUAAUAGUGAAGUUGUCACUCAGCCAGACCAAAAGUCUGCGUCUGCUGCUGCUGCUGCUGCUGCUGCUGCUGUUACUGUUACUGCUGCUGGUCAAAAUCAGGAUGUAAGUAUAUCCACCGUAACAGAGCCAGACAAAUCAAAACAGAAAACACAAGAAGAAACUCAGGAGAACCAAAAAACAGAGAACACUGAAGAGCUGCCCUCUGUAACCACUGCUGACACCAAAGAAAAGAUCGAAGCCAAGAAAUCGUCAUUAGAGAGUGUGGUGAACGAGACACCAAAUAGUGAAGUUAAUAACCAAAACGGUCAGGUGUCCAUCACUGAUAGUCAAGAUGGGAAGAUAAAACCUCAGAAAAGCAAAUCUGAUGAUACGAUAUCCAGUCCAGAACAGACUCCAGAAGCAGUGAGAGCAGAAGACAAUAAGGAUACAGUGGAAAACCAACCUCAAGAGAUAAAAACUGUAACUCACGAAACUCAGGAUGUCAAAGAAGCAGAAGGAAAAACGAAAACAAAAGAGGAGACUGAAAUGGAAGAGUCAUCGUCAGAGACUGAAAACGCCUCUAUAAAUGCUAAUAGUGCAGUGAGCGAACAACAGGAGCAGUUAUUGAAAGGCGAACAAGAUGUGGACAUCACAAAAACACAGGAAAACAAACAGCCAAAUUCAGUCCAAAAACAGGACCUGGACGCAAAAGAUCUGAAGCCUGAAACCAACGAAGCACCAGCGGGUGGGGUUGAGAAAGAGACAGCAAGUGUAAAGGCUAGUCAGGAAGUGGUCACCCAGCAAGAUGAGAAACCCACAGAUGUCAGAGACAAAGAUGAGGGUGUAAGAAAACCAGAGCAAGACGAAGCUACAGAUUCCAAAUGUGUAAAAGAUGAAUUAGAACACGAACCAGAGAAGGCAAGAAAGGAGGUGAAAGAAAAGACAGUGGAAAGUCAAAACACAGAUGCAACUCAUGAGCACAGCUCUGUGAGCACUUCUCCCGAUACCGAUACCAAAGAAAAAUCUGAAAACAAAGAUUCAUUAGUAGACAGUUUGGACACCAAAACUUCUACUACAUCGACAUGCAGUGUUAGUGAAUAUAACGAUCAGGCUGAAGUUAGUACCAAAACAGAUGUAAUCACCACAGAGAAGAACGAGGGUGAAGGAACCAGGUCACAAAGCCCUGAGAGCAGUGAAGAGAAAGCUGAGACCAAAGAUAAAUCAGCAAAGACAUUGGUUAAUGAGACACCAAGUACAGAAGCAGUGGUUGAAGCUGUUACACAGCAAGAGGAGAAAUCUGCAAUUAGUGAAAAAUCAGAGGGUCUAACGACACCAGAACAAGACAAACCAACAGGAAUUCAAGGUUCUAAUGAGAAAUCAGAGGAGAAAAAUGAGCCAUUAAGACCUGAAGGUGAAGAGAAGACUGUAGUGGGGAAAGAAGUGGAUGCAACAUGUCAAAAUACUGAGGAGAACACUGUCAUUAAAGAUUCAUCUGAAAGUGGUGUGGUUAAUGACACAGAUUUAAAUGUUACCAAACCAGAUGAAAAGAAACCAGUAGAAUCGAAAUCAUUGAAAACUGACUCACAGCAGAAUCAGGAAGACACUAAAGAAAGGACUGAAACCAAAGAAUCAUCAAUACCGAUGGAGAAAAACACGGAUCAGUCCAUAAGAAUCAAAGAGGAGCAGGAAAGUAAGACAGAAACAGCUCAAAAUAAGAACACAGAAGACGACAAAACAGCUGAAAAAACAACUGUUUCAUCAUCUGAAACUAAUAAAGCUCCAAUUGAAGAAGAAAAGAAUGUCAUUAAAGAUUCAUCUGAAAGUGGUGUGGUUAAUGACACAGAUUUAAAUGUUACCAAACCAGAUGAAAAGAAACCAGUAGAAUCGAAAUCAUUGAAAACUGACUCAAAGCAGAAUCAGGAAGGCACUGAAGAAAGGAUUGAAACCAAAGAAUCAUCAAUACCGAUGGAGAAAAACACGGAUCAGUCCAUAAGAAUAAAAGACGAGCAGGAAAGUGAGACAGAAACAGCUCAAAAUAAGAAAACAAAACAUGACAAAACAGUUGAAAAACCAAUUGUUUCGUCAUCUGAAACUAAUAAAGCUCCAAUUAAAGACAAAAAGAAUGUCAUUAAAGAUUCAUUUGAAAGUGAUGUGAUGAAUGACACAGAUUUAAAUGUUGCCAAACCAGAUGAAAAGAAACCAGCAGAAUCGAAAUCAUUGAAAACUGACACAAAGCAGAAUCAGGAAGACACUAAAGAAAGGACUGAAACCAAUGAUUCAUCAAUACAGAUGGAGAAAAACACGGAUCAGUCCAUAAGAAUCAAAGAGGAGCAAGAAAGUGAGACAGAAACAGCUCAAAAUAAGAAAACAGAAGACCACAAAACAGCUGAAAAACCAGUUGUUUCGUCAUCUGAAGCUAAUAAGACUCAAAUUAAAGAAGAAAAGAAUGACAGUGAAGAUGUUAAAGUCGAGACCAAAGUGAUAAAGGACAAGGACUUACUGACUUCAGAGAUAGAGGCCAAGAAAGAACCUGAAUCUGUUGUAUCAGAUAAAACAGAAAUUCCCCCCGAGGCUUCAGAUAAGAUAUCUGUCAGUACUGAUGCAAAGGCAAGUGAUAAAGAGAGUCAAGAAAAAACAAAGACAGAUGAAGCUGAAGCUAGUUUGAAACAAGGACAGCAGACAGGCACAGAAAAGGAAAAACCUUCAAAGUCAACACUUGGUGGCAGCCUAUCGCUUCCUACCAUAUCAAAACCAUCAGUUCCACCUCUUCAGCUAAAGACAGACUCUCCAUCGAGCUGGCUCGAUCUGGAAGGGCAUCGUAAGACGUUGCCUCCUAAAGCGAAAAAGGAGCAGAAACGGAAGAUCAAAGCUUCAGCUGGUCAGAAUGAUUCGCUCGAGCUUGACGUUGAGGAUUUCAUGAAGAACAUCAAGGAGGGAGGAAAGCCCUUCUCACUGCCCAUGAGGAGGCGAAUUCUUAAAAGGUCCCGUUUGCCACCUUUUACCAUGCCGUCUAUUCGGGAGGAUCACUUCGAGAAAACCUUCGAUCCUGAAGAAUUCCAGUUCGGUUUGAGGAAAAAUGGCAGGAAUUUUAUGGAUCUUUUACCAGCCACAGUAAUCAAACGGAAAGGUAGAGACGUUUCUUCCCUAAGUGAGAAAAAACAAUCAGAAGACGAUGCCCCCCUAAUAGAAACCCUUGUAGGACAAGAAGAAAACGGUGGAGUGAAAAAUGAGAGCAAAGACGAGACGCAGAAAGACGAGGGAGAGCCUGAAAAACCGACAUCCCGGCUUGGAAGGAUGUCCAUCCUCUCCAGCUUGCUGACCCCCCGCCGGGCCAGCAGGAACACAAAAAUAGACGUUACAAACAACGCACUUUCAUCUGACCAACAGCAAAAAACACCCGCGCCCGAGAAGCAGGGAGUAAAUAAAGAAGGUGUCGAUGGUGCAAAUCCCACGGGAGGUGGUGCGGGUGCAGCUGGUGAGUCAGCACGUGGCCCCUCCUCCCCUCCGCCUCUACCCACGUUCUCCGAGAUAAAGCUGCCUGAUCAUUUAGAGAAGUACCUCAAGGAGAACAAGAGGGACACAGACACCUCCACGGACUCUGCACUGAUGACUAAAACUGAGCUGGAUUCUCAGGAGGGCCCUGCUGCAGAGCAGGACUCUGCAGCAACAGAUGUGAGUGCUGGUCUGAAGAACACAGCAGGACGGCCUUUGACCACCAGCAGCCGGCUGCCAAACUCUCACAAUGGACUUUCCACCUCUGAGACAAAGGUGCCAGUAGUAAGAGGAUUCCACAAGCGGCCUGGAAAGAUUGUCCUGUUUGAGCACGCACAGUUUGGAGGAGAGGCUUUUGAACUGCACCACGACGUAGAAGACGCCACCGGCAUGAAGCUGUCCCCCGUCAUAUCAGUCAGAAUCAUUAGAGGAUGCUGGCUCCUCUAUGAGAAACCGGGCUUCCAGGGCCGCAUCAUCGCGCUGGAGGAAGGACCCAUGGAGCACAUCGUGAACAUGUGGGCAGACGAGGGGGGGCCGACUACCCUGGAUGAGAUGGGCCAACCUGUCCCGACUGCACCCAUGGUCAUCGGUUCUAUUCGGCUAGCAGUACGGGACUACAGCCUUCCGCAGAUCGACCUGUUCACGGAGGUCAACGGUCUGGGCCGCGUGUCGUCUUUCUGCGACGACACCGUCGAGAUCGCCUCCUACGGAAUCCCUCAGACCACCGGCUCCAUCAAGGUCCACUCGGGAGUCUGGCUGGUUUACUCCGACCCGGGAUUCGAUGGAUUCGUGGGAGUGCUGGAGGUGGGGGAGUACCCCUGCCCCGAGACCUGGGGCUUCCCCGAGCCCUUCGUUGGGUCUCUCAGACCCCUCCGAAUGGGAGCAAUUCGAGUGGAGCAUCCCAACGAAGUCAAGGCUCUAGUGUUCGAGAAGCCCAACUUUGAAGGCGAGUGCAUCGAGGUGGACUGUGGCGUCUGCAGCUUGCAGCGGCUGGAAGAAAAAGAAAGAGGCGAACCCGAAGCCAAGAGGACGACGCUUCCUGCUGUCGGCUCCAUGAAGAUCCUCGGCGGCCUCUGGGUGGGCUAUCAGGAGGCGGAGUUUGAAGGGCAGCAGUACAUCCUGGAGGAGGGCGAGUAUCCUCACUGCAGUGAGUGGGGCGGAUCGGAGGACGGACUGCGCUCGCUUCGGCCUGUACUCGCUGAUUACCUUUCGCCUCACAUUAAAGUGUUCAGCGAGAAGGACUUCAACGAGCGGGGCCUCUGCGCCGACCUGCUGGGCCCCGUCGUGGACAUGGACGCCACCGGCCACGGCGUGAAAACCCAGUCUGUCAGCGUCGGCGGCGGAGUGUGGGUGGCGUUUGAAAAGCCCGGGUUCAGCGGGGAGCUGUACGUCUUGGAGAAGGGCAUGUACGCAAACCCCGAGGACUGGGGAGCCCGCAACUUCAAGAUCUCGUCCAUACAGCCCGUCUUCCACGACAUGCUGGUGGGAACAACGAAAUUCAAGGUCCAUCUGUACUCUGAGCCGGACUUCCAGGGGAGGCUGGUGGCUCUGGAGGACGGUGUGGACGCUCUGGAGGAGGACUUCACGCCCCGGUCCUGCAAAGUGCUGGCUGGCAGCUGGCUGGCCUAUGAAGGAGCCCAGUUCACAGAGAGUGUGUUCAUCCUGGAGGAGGGAGAGUACCCCAACACGGAGGCCAUGGGCUUCCCGUCCUCCGACACCAACAUCCGGUCCAUCCAGACUGCCGGACAUGAUUUCUCGCUCCCCUCCGUCAGCGUCUUCGCCAAAGAGGGCUGCAGAGGCCGGAGGGCCGUGCUGACCAGCGGCGUGGCGAAUCUGCAUCUGGCCGGCGUGGACACUGGAGCGCGCUCCCUGCUGGUGGAGGGAGGAACGUGGGUGUUGUAUGAAGGCAGUAACUACAGAGGAAGACAGCUGCUGCUCCGACCGGGCGACGUGACCGAUCUGUCCAGACGCAGCGGCUGGCGGCGGAUAGGAUCCCUCCGUCCUCUGCUGCAGAAGCAGGCGUACUUCCACCUGCGGAGCAGGGAGACGGGAUGUCUGAUGUCCCUGACGGGAACGCUGGACGACAUCAAGCUGAUGAGGGUUCAGGCGGUGGAGAACACGGGCGGCGCGGAGCAGGUGUGGCUCUACCGGGACGGAGAGAUCACCUGCAAGCUGGUGGAGGACUGCUGCCUGGAAACGGCGGGCGGCAUGAUGAUGGCCGGCGGCCGACUGUGCGUCUCUCCGGAGCGGGGCAAAGAGAACCAGCUGUGGGACAUCAGCCCCGACGGCGUGGUGCGCUGCCACAACCAACCGGAUCUGGUCCUGGAGGUCAAAGGGGGUCUGCAGUACGACAAGAAUCAGAUCAUCCUCAACACGCUGGACGACAGGAAGCUGAACCAGAAGUGGACGGUGGAGAUCCUCUGACCGGACGAGCUCUGACUCAUGACUGCCUUCGUCGCUUCCCGUGGCUCUCGCACACUUCUGUUUGUUUGUUUACUCUUGUUGACUGGACCAACAUCUUUCACUCACUGAGAUGUUUUAGUGAAAUGUUUUCGCUGCACGUAGAAAGAGUCGGGGCCCUGUUUCAAUGCUGCAUGCCUUUCUCCUCCUCCGGUACGACACUGAUAAACUCUCCCACGGUGCGUUUUCUCGCCGUCUGAAUGUAAACCGGGAGCAGAGAUAUGAAGUCUGACGUGCCUCUUGUACAUCACAUAGAUCUACUGUAAAGUUUUGAUAUGUUUUUUAGGAAUUAAGUUUGUUUUUUGACACAAACUGGACUUUCACUGCUAUGCUGUGUACAGAUUAAGUUUACACUUUAAGACCAUAACCAUGCUGCCCUCUUGUUGAGUUUAUGUAAAUAUCAGCUGUAAGACAACUGUUGCAGAGUAAAACAUGACACCUUGUGGUUAUUUAUCA